CUCAACAACAUAACCUUUGAACCUUAGGCGUCAAUUUUUUUUAAACAUUUCUGUUUUUGAAUUUAAAAUUUGAUUUUUAUCUCUCAUCCCUGAAUAGUGAUUUUUUACAUAAUAGAGGCCGUAUACUUUCAAUAGGCUUUAGAUAAAGUUCAGUCACUUCAGUCCACAAUGCCGCACCCAUCUGAAAUUAUUUCAGUACUCCGUAACUCCUUUAAUAAUGGGAAAACCAAACCUAUAUCGUUCCGUAUUAAGCAGCUUAAAAGUCUCUAUAAAAUGUAUGUGGAAAAUGAAGAUAAAAUUUUAUCUGCCUUAUGGACUGACUUAAGAAAAAGCAAAUCUGAGAGCAAUGUAAUGGAGAUAGGUUUCCUCUAUAAUGAUAUAAAGAAUUUGGUGUAUAAUUUAGAAGAAUGGGCAAAACCGGAAUAUGUUAAGAAGGAUUUGGCAAAUAUAUUGGACACCGCUUAUAUUCAAAGAGAACCUUUUGGAGUAGUUUUAUCAAUAGGAGCAUGGAAUUACCCAGUAAAUCUGACUUUAUUACCUGUCCAUGGAGCCAUAGCAGCAGGAAACUGUGUGAUUAUCAAACCUUCAGAAGUAGCUGAGGCCACCAGCAAUGUUAUAAGUGAACUAAUACCCAAAUACCUUGAUACUGAUUGUUAUAGGGUUUACACAGGUGGAGUGGCAGAAACAACUGAAUUAUUAAAAGAAAAGUUUGACUAUAUAUUUUAUACAGGAAAUUCUACUGUGGGGAAAAUCAUUCAUGCAGCAGCUAACAAAUAUUUAACCCCAGUUACUUUAGAACUUGGAGGCAAAAGUCCUUGCUACUUAGACAGCUCGGCAAACCUCAAAACGGCAGCCAAAAGAAUUCUUUGGGGCAAAUAUGCAAAUGUUGGUCAAACUUGUGUGGCCCCAGAUUAUCUCUUAUGCACCAAAGAAAUAGAAGAGAAAUUUAUUCCUAUUGCCAGAGAAGUAUUAAAAGAGUUUUAUGGGGAAAACCCUAAGGAAAGCCCAGACUAUGGUAGAAUUAUUGCUGACAGGCAUUUUCAAAGAAUAAAGAAACUAUUGGAAACUGGAAAAGUCAUUGUUGGGGGAGAUUGUGAUCCUAAGGAGAGAUAUAUUGCACCAACCAUUAUGACUGACGUGAAACAAGGUGAUCCAAUCCUCCAAGAGGAAAUUUUUGGACCCAUUUUACCAAUUGUCAAUGUGGCAAAUGCCCAUGAGGCCAUCAAGUUUAUUAAUGCAAACGAAAAACCACUUGCCUUGUAUGUAUUUUCAAAUAACACCAAUGAAGUGAAGUUGAUUUUAAACAACACCAGCUCAGGAACUGUGUGCAUAAACGACACCUUAAUGCAACUAACUGUGGACACUCUACCUUUCGGUGGGGUUGGUCAGAGUGGCAUGGGUUCCUACCAUGGAAAAUAUUCCUUCGACACAUUUUCACAUAAAAAAUCAGUGCUGUGGAAAGAUUUGGGUUUAUUGGGAGAAAAGUUGGGAGCUGCCAAGUAUCCUCCUUUCACCAGGGCGAAAAUGAAUUAUUUGAUGUUUAUGUUGGCCAAAAGGCCUUGGCUUAGGUGCAAUAAGAAGAUUUGUAAUGUUUUGGUGUUUUUCAGCGGCAUCUUGACCUACUAUAUUUUUAAUAAUUAUAUGAGCCUAUAUUACUCUUAAUUGUGAAUUUUUUUGCAGUAAUAUUUACAGUUUUGGAUGAAACUAUUAGAAUAAUUAAAUAUCUGUAUGAUGAGUUGAAACAUGGUUAUGGUAAUAGUAA